GUUGGUGGUUUUGCGGGUUUUGUUUAUUACGAACAUUGACCCAGUGAAGUGUGUAGCUGUAUACAUAAAGACAACCGUUUCUAAGAAAAUGAGUGGGCAUGUGGGGGACUUGUCGCCAUCACAGGAAACUGCUCUAGCUGCGUUCAGAGCAGCAGUGGCUGACAUACCUAACAAACCAGAGGAGAAUGAUUACUUCUAUCUGAGAUGGCUGAGGGCUAGAAAGUUUGACCCCAAUAAAGCAUUGGAAAUGUUCAGAAAUCACAUGUCAGUAAGACAGGAGUAUGGAUUGGACACUAUCCUCGAUGACUACCAUGCUCCAGAAGUGUUCCAAUACAAUCCAGGGGGGUUCUUUGGGGAGGACAGGGACGGGCAUCCCAUGUGGUACGAUAGAAUUGGAAGGAUGGAUUUACGAGGAUGGCAUCGCUCUGUACAUAGAGAGGAUGUCAUUAAAACAAAGUUGUUCCAGUUGGAAAGAAGAGCAAUGCUGUGCAAAGAAUUCUCAGAGAGAAAAGGACGGCGUAUUGACACUGUCACACUGGUGCUGGACUUUGAGGGUCUCACCUUCAACAAGGCAGUGUAUUGGCCAGGCCUGGAGCUAGUCAGACUGGUAAUAAAGGUGACUGAGGCCAACUCUCCAGAGACAGUCAAAACUACAUUCAUUGUUAGAGCACCUUCUAUUUUCCCACUUCUCUUUAAUAUUGUCAAGCCAAUGAUGAAUGAGAGAACUAGACAGAAAAUUAAAGUUCUUGGAAGCAACUGGCGUGAGGAGCUACAGAAGUACGUUGCUCCAGAACAGCUGCCCCAGGACUUUGGUGGCACACGCUGUGAACCAGAUCCUGAGUGCACUGAUCAUAUACGCCCCGGCGGAGACAUCCCUGAGCGCUAUUACUUAAGCAACCUCACUAUCCACAACAAGGAGGACAUGAGUAGUGUGCUCGUUGCUAGUAGGCGUAGGCAUGUCGUCGAGUUGGAAGUAACUGCCAUAGGGAGCAUUCUAAAGUGGGAGUUUCUGACAGAUAAUUAUGAUAUCGGAUUCGGGAUUACAUUGGAUGGAGAUGAAGUGACCCCUGUGGACCGGAAAGAAUGUCACAUCUUUCCUGACAGUGGAGCCCACGUAUGUGAGCAAACAGGCACAUAUUGUCUAGUGUUUGACAACUCCUUCAGUUGGACCAGAUCCAAGCAACUCUACUACUCCGUCGAAGUGGUACCUCCAUCGCCAAACUAGAUUACAAUUAUUGGACAAUUUGAAACAACUUUUUUUAUGUCACUGUAAAAAUAGUAUUUAUGAAUGAUGAUCUUAUUGUUUGCUUAUAUAUAAUAUAGUCCAUUUCACACAAAAAAAUGCUCUAAUAAUUAUAA